CCAGAUCCAUAAGGGAUUAUUUUUUUAAGAUGAAAGAUAGUGGCUGUGUCCGAGACCACAUACUUUUCUACUAAACAGUAUGUGACAAAACUUUCUAUCUAUCACAAAACUAUCACAGUGGAUUCUGAUGUGUGCAUUCAAUGGACAUUUUUCUUUCCCAUGAGGCCAUGGAAGAGGAUUAGUGAACCAAGAUGACAUGAAAACAACUGACGCUAGAUCACAUGACAAAGACAACAGGGGGAAUGUAGUGUGUACGCAUUUUAUUCAUACUACACAUAAAGAACAUACUGUGUAUUAUUAUGAAUAUCGCACAUGUGCAAACUAACAUUUGACACAAUUUCCAAAUGAACCAUAACCAACUUUUGAGAAAACAUUUGUGUUUUUAUUGCAUGUGAAUAUGUAAACAUUAAAUAUUGUCUGGAGAACAAAAAUCCAGUCCAUCUGAUUCAGAUCUUACAGUCUCUAGUAAUGAGCUGAUGAGUUAAAUCAAAGGUGUCAGAUGGGUGAAACUUGCAAAAAUGUGCAGCACUACAGGACUGAACUUACAAUCACUGCUGUUUAUUUCCCACAAUUUACAUCAGAACACACAGAGAAUACAUUCAAUAUAAACACUCAGUAUGCAGACCUACAAUAUUAGAUAUAACAAUGAUGCUACAUUUAAAGGAAAUCUUUAACAUUUUGUGGAUGAUGUAAAAAAACUGAAAGUGAAAAUGCACUAAAAUACUGGUGAGUCACACCUACUGUAACAAAACCUGUUUUGCUCAUGACUAUUAAACACAAAACCAGGAAACUACUUCAGCUGUUCAUUUCAUAGAAAAAAACAAACUUUUCAAGCGACUGUCUCACUCUGUAUAUUAGUGAAAUAUGGCAGAAGCUCAUGUUUUUCAGGACAAGUUCAGCUGUUCAGUGUGUUUGGAUCUCCUGAAGGAUCCAGUGACCAUUCCCUGUGGACACAGUUACUGUAUGAGCUGUAUUACAAACUGCUGGGAUCAGAAUGAGAUGAGAAUCUACAGCUGCCCUCAAUGCAGACAAACCUUUACACCAAGACCUGUUUUAUAUAAAAAUGUGAUGAUUGCUGAAAUGGUGGAGGAACUGAAGAAGACAAAACUUCAGACUGCUGUUCCUGCUGACUCUUAUGUUGAAGCUGGAGAUGUGGAGUGUGACGCCUGUACUGAGAGAAAAUACAAAGCUGUCAAGUCCUGUCUGGAGUGUCUGAAGUCUUACUGUCAAAAUCAUCUUAAACCACAUGAGAAUUUCUUCAAUGACAGGAGGCAUCAUUUGAUGAAUCCCACCAGACAACUUCAUGAGAUGAUCUGCUCAAAACAUAAUAAACAACUAGAAAUCUACUGUCGCACUGACCAACACUGCAUUUGUUAUCUGUGUACGAUGGAAGGACAUAAAAACCAUGAUACUGUGACAGCUGUAGCAGAAAGAACUGAGAAACAGAGAGUUUUGGGAGAGAGACAGAGAAAAUUACAUCAGAUAAUUGAGGAGAGAGAGAAGGAGCUUCAGGAGCUGAGAGAGGCUGUGGACUCUCAUGCGCGCUCUGCACAGACAGCAGUGGAGGACAGUGAGAGGAUCUUUACUCAACUGAUCCGAUCCAUUGAGAGAAGAAGAUCUGAGGUGACACAACUGAUCAGAGAUCAGGAAAAGACUGCAGUGAGUCGAGCUGAAGGAGUCAUGAAGCGUCUGGAGGAGGAGAUUGAUGAUCUGAGGAGGAGAGACGCUGAACUGAAGCAGUUUUCACAUACAGACAAUCACAUCCAUUUCCUACAGGGUUUUCAGUCUCUGUCUGCAGCUCCUGAGUCUUCAGUCUCACACAGAUUUACUCUCAGCUCUCUCCUCUCUUUUGAUGAUGUGAGAAAAUCUCUCUCUCAACUGAAAGACAAACUGGAGGAUUUCUGUAGAGAGGAGAUAGAGAAGAUAUCUGGUGGAGUUAUUUCUAAUGAACUGAAGAGCAGGAAGGAUUUCUUACAAUAUUUCAAGCAGUUCACACUGGAUUCAAACACAGUUCAUAAAAUCAUUCAGCUGUCUGAUGGGAACAGAACGGCUACUAACACUAACACUAACACAGUCCAUCAGUAUCCUGAUCAUCCAGACAGAUUUGAUUAUUAUCAUCAGGUGUUGUGUAGAGAGAGUUUGUGUGGAUGCUGUUACUGGGAGGUUGAGUGGAGUGGUGAGGUGUUAAUAUCAGUGUCAUAUAAGAGCAUCAGCAGGAAGGGAAAGGGUUAUGAGUGUUUGUUUGGAUAUAAUGAUCAGUCCUGGAGUUUGAACUGCAUUGACUCCAGUUGUUCAUUCAGUCACAAUAACAAACUCACUGAACUCCCUGUAGUUUCGAGCUCCUGUAGAAUAGGAGUGUAUGUGGAUCACAGUAAAGGAUCUCUGUCCUUCUACAGCAUCUCUGAUACAAUGAACCUCAUACACAAAGUCAACACCACAUUCACUCAACCACUUUAUCCUGGGUUUUUUAUUUUUAAUGAAUCCACAUUGAAAAUAUGUCGUCUCAUAAAAUAAAUCGUAGGGAUUUUAUAAGCUGCAUAUAAAUUUAGGUUUAUAAUAGUGAUUACAAUAUUUGCUAUAUUUUUCACAAGCUUUUAUAUAUUUUAUAUAUAUGCCUGUACUUCUCUGUAUUUAACAUUACUACACAUAUCAAAAUUGUGAAAAGCGCUAUAAAAAACUUGAAUUGAAUUUAUCAAAAAAUAUAUUCUGUAUGUUCUAAUUAAAAAAAUAAUUUGACUGUUUCACUUAAUAAAACUGAGGCAGCUUAUUUUUUUUCAGUA